AUGGCCGAGUCUGUUGUCGACAAUGAUCCUAACCACCCCAUCAAGGUGGCAGUUGUUCAGGCAGAGCCCUGCUGGUUCAAUGUCGAGGCGGCUGUUGAGAAGACCUGUGCUCUCAUAGCCGAGGCCGGUGCCAACGGCGCUGAGCUGGUCGCCUUUCCCGAGCUCUGGAUUCCCGGCUAUCCGAACUUCAUUUACGCUCACGCGCAAAAGACGUGCAAUGAAUACAUAAGGAAGUACUUUCGCAACUCCGUAAGCGUCGAUUCCAAGCACAUGGGACAGAUCCGCCUUGCCGCACGCCGUGCGAAGAUGACUGUCGUCGUGUUGGGUAUUGCGGAGCGCGAAAAGGGCAGCCUAUACAUGGCUCAAAGCUUUAUUGGACCCGAUGGCCAGAUCCUGCUGCACCGCCGCAAGUUUAAGCCUACGAGCUAUGAACGCAUCCUCUUUGGCGACGCUUCUGGUGACUGCACCACCAAUGUGAUUCAGACACCCCUCGGUCGCGUCGGUGGGCUGCAGUGCUUUGAACACCUCCAGCCACUUCUCAAGUACCAUAGCUACUUUCAGCAGGAGCAGAUCCAUGUUGCAUCAUGGCCGAAUCUAUUCCCUCUCGUUGGAAAGAUGCCCUUCUUCAACUCGGUUGAGGCCUGCACCAUGGCUACUCACACCUACGCCAUCGAGGGUGGCGCCUUCGUCCUCCUUGCUUCCCACACCCAAUCUGAAAAAGUACACGAGGGCGGUGUCGAGCUACCUGACGACGAAUGUCACACCGCUGUCACGGGCGGCGGAUUCACCGAGGUCAUCGCCCCCGACGGCCGCACAAUUGCCAAGGCUCCCAGUCCCUCCUUCGAAGGUCUCAUCUAUGCCGAGUUGGACUUUAACGAAAUCUACCUGGCAAAGAAUAUUGUCGAUCCUGUUGGCCAGUAUUCCAGGACAGAUCUUUUCACGCUGCAAGUUAACAGCAAUGUCAACCGCCACUGCGUCUACAGGGAAAAGACAACUGAAUUCGCCCACACCACCCGGUACCCUGAUCUGGAGCCCCCUGAACCCGAAAACGCCUCACUAUAA